GCCGCCGCGAGGGUCCAGAGGGGCAGGGAGGAGCUCCCGCCCGCCGCUCAGCGGCUGUCAAAGGCUGCCCGGGCGCCGUGGGGAGACAUCUCGGAGACCCGGAGCCGGGGAAGACGCCCGAGGACGGGCUUGGGGCCGAGUCCCCCGCGCCCUCAGCCCGGGGGCCGCUACCCCCAGCCCGGGCUGACCGCCGCCACCCCCAAACCUCCUUCCCUCCAGGCCACGGAUGGUGUCCGGGACCCCAAGCCCUCGGCCGGCGUCAUCGGCGCCCAGCGGUCGCCUUUACCUGCUGUGUGGCUGCCGCCGCGCGCUUCCACUCACCGGGAGAAUCCCCAGUCGUCGUCGCUGUCGCUGCCGCUGCCGCCGCUGCCGCCACGAAUUCCCCACCCCCGCCCCCUCAGGUAACCCAGGAAACCGGGAACACCACCCCCUCCCUUCCCUCGUUCGGACCCAGACCCGUUCGCCUGCGCGUGCGCGCUUUCCCCGCCUCGCGCGUCCCGAGCCCCGCCCGUCGCUGGUAGGGCAGCGUCGACGUCGCAGGCGUGACGCGUGGAACUGCCGAGCCAAUGGGGCAGGGAAGGGGGUGGGCCGAGCCUCAGGGCGGGGGGCCUCGGGGUUUCUCCCAGUGCGGGGGAGGCUUGCCUCGGGUCCUCGCCUUGUCUGUACCCUGCGCGGCUGGCUGUGUCGGGUCAGGGGAGAGCGACCAUCGUUUGAAAAGCAUCAAGCGCUUGCGCAGCGUCCGCUUCCUCUAUUCAGCGUAGACACUCGUCCUGUCCUCCUUGUGUGGUCCAGAGGAUGGGGGUACAAAAAAUAUGGGAAGGGGUUGGGAGAGGGAGGAACGGUGACCCACGAGGAAGCCUAGCCAGCCUUCCUCUGGGGCCUGGAAAAAGCCAUUUUGCAAAGUAUCUGGCCACUCUCUGAGCAAGCAGCCUGUAGGAACCAGCUCCUGAGAGCACCGGCACUGCCAGGAACCCAUCUGCUAAUCACCUUCCUCAGUGGUUCUAAAGCUCUCAGCCUGUCCGCAUCCGGCCCAGAGCAGCACGCAUGCUUAGCUGGCACCGGGAAGUCUCAGAAACACGUUAACCUACCUGCACGG